AAUAAAUAAAUAAAGAAAUCGUAAAUAAAAUGGCAGAGAGUGAGGUGUAAACACAACAUAUAGCACAUGGCCAGAAUGCAUUCAAUACAAUGUUCCUUCAACGAUUUAAGUGAUGAACCCCACACACUUUUUAUGAAGCGUCACUCUGCAAAGAAUACAGAAGGGUCAAAUAGAACUUUAUUUGUUGUGAAUGUUCCAAGUUAUUGCGAUGAGGAUGGUCUAAGAAAUAUAUUUUCAGAUUGUGGAUUCAUAACAGCAGUACAUAUUCUUGAUCAACCUGGUGAGAUUAAUGUUUUUCUUAAUCGAACAAAUGUGCUUCGCUAUAUUGUGAAAAAAGUAAAUACAUUUAAAGUUGCUUAUGUUGUUUUCAAACAUGAAAACUCGAUUGACACUGCUUUGGAAAUGAGCUCUUCUGUAGUGAGAUAUAUAUCAACAAAAGAAAAUCCAGUCGUGACUGGCAUUGAUAAAUGGAUUAACGAAUACGAGAAGAAAUAUCCUGCUGAAGAUGUCAUACAGGAUGAUAUUGAUGAGUACAUGAAGAAGUUUGAUGAACAGCAGUUUAAGGAGAAAGAGGCACUAAAGGACGCGGGAGAGCCUGAUGAUGAUGGUUGGGAGACCAUACCAGUGACGAAGAAAAGCUCAGUCAACAGGGUGAAUAAUAUAAAGGAGAACAAAAUCAACAAAAAAUUAGAAAAGAAAAAGCGAAGCGAAAAGGAAUUGAUGAAUUUUUACUUAUUUCAACAAAGAGAAUCUAAACGUGACAAAAUUGCGGAUUUACGUCAAAAGUUUGAAGAGGACAAGAAACGAAUCACGCAGAUGCGACAACAACGCAAUUUCAAACCGUUCUGACUCACGUUACACGCGUGGAUAUGAGAUGUUUGCGUAGCAUGGCGAGUGUUGCAAAAUGUUUCUCGUGACGUUUGUUGAAAAUCGGUGACGUAUCUGAUGAUCGAAAACAGUUAAAAUUUUGAAAUACGAAAACAAUUUCAUAGCUGUAAAAAAUUAAGAGUGUUUAAAAAAGUAUACAAUCAAGAUUAUUA